AUGCCAAAAGGAAAAGAGGAAAUGAUGGAUUGGCUUUAUCAAUUCGUGAAGAGCUUUAGAGAGCAGGGAAUUACUAUUCAAGAUCUUUCUGAGAGAAUUGACGAAAACCUCAGUGAAGAAGUUGCGGCAAAUCAACAGGUCAAAGAUGAGAUUUGGCACGCUUUCGUGAGGAGAUAUGAUGUUAGUGUACAGGGUUCCGAGGAAGAGGUCGGGGUGAUGAGGACUUUGGAACUGUGUGAUACGCUGGCAUUGGGUUAUGGAGUUAGGAAGGUCUCAGUUCAAGCACAGUCGGUUGACGUGGAAAUGAUCGAGGCGGCUGUGGGAAGACGCAGUGAGAAGGAGCCAGGAAAGGGGGCAACGGAUGGCAACGGUAGGACUGCGCAGUCUGAGAAGCCCAUUGAUUCCUUCGGGUCAGUUAUUGCAGACGUAACAACUCCGAUUCAACGAUCGCCGGAGCCAAAAGAGCAAUUUAUUCCCGUCGGAAAGGGUUCAUCAUUCACAAGGGCAGGCCCAUCUCCUGAGCCAAGGUCUGGCAACAAAAAAUCAUACAAGAUUGCCGAUGAUCCACGAGGUAGUCAAGGUUCACAGAGGAGAUUACAAAGUCUUUUGAAUGCAGCACGCGUUGAGGCAGAUAACUUUCACACUCCUAAUCUUGCACCUCCCUCGCAAAGAAACAAUGUAGCCAAGGAUGUCGAAAUGACUGGAGUUUCCCCUGUCGAGAGUACUCAUAUACCCAAGAGUGAUCAUAGAUCACACACUAAUCAACCUACUACCAUGAUUAAUCCUCAAGAUCUACGCCCAGGCUCAUCAGCUCAAUUUACAGAUACAAAUGUCUCCGCUAAUGGUCAACCACCUAUUGAGAUGAACAUCGAAAUCCCGGAACAUCCAGCAAAAGUACAGUUACCCGUGAAUGUUCGAUCUACGCCCAUCGUUGGAUACCAAUAUCAAUCCGAUCUGUCGAAAAACACCCCUGGUAAAGAUGCUCAAGCAUCUAUCUCCUCACUUGAUAAUAAUGCAGAUGGGAUUGAUUAUUUUGCACCAGAUAUCACUCGCCAUGGACCUGUGCCAGGACAGCAGCGUAAACGAGGCCGCCCAAAAGGCUCCGGUCAUGGGCUUAGCACUAGCAGUCAAGCAGUAGAGGCGAGUUCUCCGGAAUAUCCUGCAAAUAUGAGCUUCUCGUCACUUGCAGAAUUAGAACAAUUUCAAACUCCAAAACCUCCACCGAAAAAGCGUGGUCGUCCGAAAGGACCGACUAUCAAACACAAAGGACCUAUCAACGAAACGCCUCCAGAGGUUCAUUCCGAAGAAACAGCCGAUGCAGGACUUCACAUAACCGAGUCAGGACUCCGCACAUCUCGUAGACAGCCAAAACCUCGACAAUUCUUCACCCCUACUCAAGUUUCAUCACCUGAACCUGAACCUGAACCUGAACCUGAACCUACAACUGCCAAGCCUGGUAAAUCUGUGGUUUCUACUACACCAUCCAAACUUCGAAGACAUCGCGAACCUCUCUAUACUUCAUACGAGGAUCUACUUAGGGAAGAAGAUGAUAAGAAACGGAAAGCUGGAAUCGAUGGUGUCUACAUCAAUCCUCUUGAUGCGAAGGAAGGGAGAACGCUUGCUCGCAAGAAGACACUCGUUGUACUGGUGAAAUCCGAAAAACUUCGUGACUCGAAUUUAUUGGUAAGUCGAAAGGGAACAUGGAUUGAGGUACUUGCCGAGAGGAGAAAGAAUUUGCAAGCUAUGGUUGGGGAAGAGGCUGCAAAUGUUGAAGCUGCUACUGCUGCCGCCGCUGCUGAAGAUGAGAAGUCUAAGAAAAGAAAGAGGGAUGAGGAAUCUGAAGCAAAACGAUCGAAGCGUCCAAAACCUUUAGAUCUUCAGCCCGACAAGUCAUUGGAAGUAAUUGACUCUGAACCCAAAAAAGCAUCAGAAGUUACCAGAACUGAAUCUACAAAGCCAUCAGAAGUUAUCAGAACUGAACCUGCAAAGCCAUCAGAAGUUACCAGUGCUGGAACUGCAGAGCUACCAGAAAUUCCCAGUACUCGAACCGAAAAACCAUCAGAAGUUCUCAAUGUAGGGAAUACAGAGCUAUCGACAGUUCCCAAUACUGAACCUGCAAAACAAUCCGAAGUUCCCAAUAUUGGAACUGGAAAGCCACCAAGUUCUACCAGUGCUGAAACUGCAAUUCUAUCAGAGAUCCCCGGUCCCAAACCUGACUCUUUCCCAUCGAAUGAGGAACUAGCUUUGGAGUUCGAAAGAUUUAAGGCUCGUUCAGCAGAAAAGCUUUCAGUUUCCGGACCUAAUACUGAAUUGAAUUCUUUUCCAUCGAAUGAUGAAUUGGCACUAGAGUUCGAGAGAUUCAGGAGUGGGUUUGCUCAACAGCCUAGUCAAGGUCCUACACCUGAACUAUUUGGGCCAUCUAGAUCGACACUCGAUCCUUUCGUGGCGAACCCGCUGCAAUAUGGACAACAGGCUACGUCAUGGUCACAUCCAAAAGCUCCUGCAAGCAGUUCAAAUACGCAAAGUUCAGAAUCAAGCUCUUUCCUCUCUCCAGUGUACAUGGAUUCUAUGCGUCCAAGAUCACCUCAACCUCAAUACUCGCAUCCAGUCUCGCAAUAUGAGUCUCCGCCACACAACAGACCUCAUAAUAUCUCAUUCCAAAAUGAGGCUCGUUCACCUGAUUUGCAACAACCGGUGGUAUCACGAUGGACUGGACCAUUGGAACCACAUCAACUAUCUGCAACUGUACGAAAUCGUUUACCACCGGCAUCGAAUAUCAACUCUCAUAGUUCACCGUACCGAGUGCCUUCUGAAAAUGGUCAGAGCUAUGGUCGCCGCUAUCAACCACCGCAACAUGGAAACACCCCAGCCACACACACACCUUCUCCCGUUGAUAGGUAUAGGUCUUCGUACGAAGGUGAACAGCAGGCUACCCCUUCAUUUUUAGCCUUAAAUUCCUGGUCAGCAAAGAGUCCGGCUCAUCUUCACAACUCGAUUCAUCAAAGACCCGCUCAGCAAAGUCCAGCCCAGCAAAUACCAGUGCAGCAAAGCCCACCACAGAAUUCAUGGCCUGCAGGUUUCCUACCACCCGAGCCCCCCAAACCCCCUCAAAUACGCCCAAAGACUGGAUGGCCUGCUGGUUUCUUACCGCCAGAUGCUUUGCUAUCAGAUACUUCCCCAUCAAGUCCAAUGAGUACUGAUUCAUUCCAGAGGUUCAGUCCUGCUUCUUCAUCGCAUGCCUCGGAACCAUCGACAGUAGCUCAUACAUCACAAGAGAUUGUUGCCAAUCGUCCCACCACGUAUGCCAGCCCCCGAUCAAUGAGUCAUCCACAUAUACCUCAGCCUCUAUCUAUUCCAUCCAGUCCUUCUCCAUAUUCUAGGCCUACAAGUUCUAUGACGGAUCAACAAUCGAAGGGCUAUAUGGGGAGACAAAACUUAAUGGGACAAGUGCAAAUAUCCUCGCCUCUCAGCCACCAGUUCAAUCCCAUGGAAUCUGCAUUAUCAACGCCGCAUGCACCGCAUGUAGAUAGUCAUACAAGCCCACCAAGACUUGAAAUUGAUCAACAGGCCCAAUUAUCACCUCAGCUUUCAGUACAAGUUCUCCCUACUCAAGGUACUCUUUCAACAAAAUCUGUGGAGGAAAGUCAACCCGGCAAUUUGUCUCAUCAAGUUAAUCCCCCCAAGUCCGUGGAAUCUCAAAUAGAUCAAACUCUAUCAAAAAAAUCCAAACAAACUCAAGCAUACAUAUCGCCAUCUGUGCAAUCCGCUCCUGCUCCAGAACUCGCUCCAGAACCGAAGAAACGGAAGAGAUCGAUGCCCAAUAUCCAACAAACGCCAAGUCCCCAAAACUCGACUGUGGUGAUCUCGAAGCUUCCAGAAUCCUCAAGUGUCAAUAUCACAACCGAGCGAGUUCCACCAACAGCCACUCCCGAUGAUGUUGAAGCGUUCAAAAAAGCCGAGGCGGUUCCAUUUGAAUCAGUCUUCUCUCGAAUGUCUUCGAUAUACAAUUCUGUGAUGGGUAACCUCAUUUUGUCUUGUGACAAAUCAGAAUUGAAAUUCUGGUCAAUGGCCGAAGGAAUAACGGAUCCUAUUUGGACAAUGCAAGUCUCGAAAGUGGCCGAGAACCCAAUCGUCUCCAUGCCAGGUUCAAAUCCAAUGGAGUUACGUCUAAAGGAGAAGGAAGAUGAUGAAUCAAUUGUUGUUCAUCGAUUCUUGAUUGCUCGUACCAAGGAAGCUCACAAAUCCGCGAACGAAAUGAGGGCAAAUUUGGUUACUGCUCGAAUCUUCAUACAAAUGGCCAAUCCACAAACAAUUCAGGCUGAAGAUCCGGAAGUGAUUGCCGAUAAGCCUUGGAAAUGCGAGAAGUGUGGUGCUAGGUUUAAGAAUAAAGAGGGUAUAAAAUACCAUCUUUCCAAAUCACAAACAACCUGCAACCCAGAUUUCGACCCCAAAACUGCCAAGCCACGACAAUAUGGCCGAUCAAGGAAGGAGACACCGAAUAUGGAGACAGUGACCAAGGUGAAAGGUAAACCUGCGGCUUCAUCAGAGAAAGAAGGCCAACCUGUACCGACGGAUGAUUCUGAACCUGAAGGUGGUGACUCGGAUGAUUCUGUGUUUGAAUGGGCUGCAAAAGUCGCCGCAUCGAAGAAAUCUCCAAAGAAGACUAGAGGAGAUAGAGGAGAGCCGGUGAUUGGCAGAAGUGGAAAAGUUUAUAAAUCGCUGGGAGGUGAAAGACCAGCGUUAUUGGAGAUUGCUGAGACUGUUAAGCAAACGCCAUCACUUACGGAAGAACUCGCAAAAAUUCCAUCACUCCCUCAAACCCCAGAUCAAACACUUCCACAAUCAGUAUUGCCGGCGUCGAAAGAGAAGGUUGUUAAGGAUGUCAUCAUGUGUCUUACCCGAGCAAAUAACAAUGCGUUACCCGGCGAACGUGGUCUCUGGUUUGCAUUUGUUGCAUGCUGGCUUAAGUAUUAUCCUACGUCCAAGGUACUCCCAGAACACAAAUUAUUUACAAGAGCUCUCGAUGAGUUACUUGAAGAUGGGAUAAUUUCGAAAAUUACGUUUGAUUUUGCCGGUGCUAGGAGCAGAACCAUAACUAGGAGCAUUUUAUUUGAUGUUAGAGCACCGGCCCCUUCCAUAGCCGAAAUUGCCAAAUUGAAAGACGAUGUGAAAGCGAAGCACCCCGAUUUCUAUAUUCCACUUGGGUUCUCUCCACCAAGUGUCAUCUUAGAGAUCUUGAAUGCGAUUGGGAAACCUUCUCCUUUGGCUCCAGAGAUGUCAGCGACGCAACUUAAUGAUAUACUGGGAUCUGAUGAAGAGGCAGGUAAGGGUGAAUCUUCAGAUGAUGAAUUUAGACCUGAGACACACGCACUAGACGCAGAAGAUGACCUUGAAGAUGACCCGAUGGACCUUGAUGUGGAUUCUGAUGGUGCUGCAAGCGACUUUUCACCCUUUCCAGAUUACACUCCGCAAGUAUUGCAAAGGCCUUCAUUACAUCAACAAAUACCUUCAAACUCGAAUGGAAAUCAAAUGAAACCUCGUAUGAGACGCCCUAGUAAUCCUUUAUCUCUCAAAGAACGAGAAAGAAGAAAACAUACGACUGCUCUACAGGAACAGACGUGGACCCCGCAGCCAACAGCAUUACAAAAUUCGGCCAACGGCGCAUGGGAUGUUUCGUCAAAGCCGAAAAGAACCUACAAGUUAAGAGAACGUCUUCCGGAGCCAACUACAAUCAUGCAAGAUCCUUCUGGCUCUUGGUCCGUUAGACCUUUUGGACAUGGUGUGAAUCCCAUAUUCGCCAGGCCAAAUAAGAUGGUUGUUGGAAACCCCCAGGGUGAACAUUAUCUUCAGCAGCGAGAAGAUAGUCAUCGACCAGUCAUCCAUCCCAACAAACCAAUCAUGCGUCCAUCAAUUCUAUCAAAGCAAUUGCUUAACAAAAAUCUUCAAGGCGAUUUGGUUAGUCGACCCGAUGGUCAAAUAGAGAUUUCGAAGGCUACUGGACUACAAAAGCGUCACUAUACAUAUCGUACAAGAUCGCAAAAGGAUCCAGAGAUAUCAAGACUUACCGGAGUUACAAAGCGAGGUUACAGGUCAUUGACACCAGAUCCUAUGGAUUUGAUGGAAGCUAGUAUCGAUGGGAUGACUGAGCUCGAUAUAUUGAAUCACUAUGAGGCAAAACCACUCGAAGAGGAGAUUGGUCGCCAAAAUAAUCCUGGUUUGGCUAGCAUACCAUCUCCUCCUUUGACACCAGGUCUUCCUCAUAUAUUCUUCAAUGAAUCUGCUGGACUUUGGGAUCUCGCUCAUCCAUUUGUAACUUGCACUAAUGUCGAGAAGCUCAAGAUGCAAUGGCUCGAUCGUACAUCCUUCACAUUGGAAACGUUGCCAUAUUCAGCUCUUGAAGACAAUGAUGACUUACCACCAGAGCAGCAAACUCUCAUUGGACCGAAACGCAAAAGACAACAGAAGAAAGAGCCACAUCUUGGUGUUCGCAAGGGUCUAAAGAACAAAUGGGUAAUGGCUCGACGUCUCACAUCUGCGCCAGAUGAUCUUCUUGGUGUUCAUCGAGAUGUGCGAUAUGCUGCAGAUUUACUUGGCACUCAGAUGGUCAACUAUGAUACCAAUAUCCGCAGAAAGAGACAGAGAUUCAAGGAACAAGGAUUAGCUGCCGACGAAGAAGAGCGAUUGACUAUGGGUAUUGUUGUUAUUAGAGCCAUUCUUGGAGGAUUGGAGAUGAACAUUGAUUGGGUCAUGCUAGGUUCAGUCUUUAAGGAUUAUUCCUUGAACUUUCUCAAGAAAUGGUGGCAGGUUGUUUGGAACAAGAAAAAGCCAAUGGUUGAGAAAUUGACAAAAGACUUUCAGCAGAUUUUUAUCGUCGGGUAUCGAAAGGGUCAAGUGCAACCAAUUGACUAUGAUCAUGUUAUCGACUACGAUUUUAACACUUUAAUUGAUUGGGCCAUGUCCAAGAUCAAUACUCCCACUCAGGAAGAGAAAACAUUUGACCUCCCGAAUUCCUUCUCAGAGCUAAAGAAUAAAUAUGCACUCGUCCCAGAACCUCGAAGUAACUACUGGUCCGAACAAUAUUACUACACUCUUGCCGCCGUCUACCAGAGGAUGAAUCUUGUCAACUCUGUCCCCUUUACCUAUCCUCUCCAACAAGAAACUUCAAGCUAUGAGAUCAACGACUAUGCACUUGCAAAAUCAUGGUGCAGGGCCGCGGCUGUUACGCCCGACCAUUUAUGGGACAGCAAAGCAGCGAACAAGUUACUCAAUCGUCUUCCGAGCGCUAUAAUCAUCAAGGCUAGAGAAGAUUUGUUGAAGAACAAGAUUAUUACUAAGAACAAGCGUCUUCGUACAAAUGGUCGAGUUUAUAACCUUCCAGAUGCUUUCAACGCGGUAUUCGUUCGUACUGGAAAGAUUAUUUACGAGAAACAAUACCGGGAAGCUUAUGAUUUCAAAUGUGAAUUGGACCAGAAAUUCCGAAAUGGGGAAACGAGUGUUAAUAUUCCGUGGGGUGUAAAUGAGGGAGCCGUAUUGGCAAUUACGAAUCUACAGGCUGAUGGAUGUAUCCACGUUCAGAAGAGUAACAUUAGAGCGAACAAAUUCGGUCUUACGGAAGGUGGAUAUGAAACCAGACUUAUCGAUAAAGCGAAAUAUCGUUUCCAGAUGGAUAUCACACCCACCUCAAGUUAUGUUUACAAUCACACAAUACCCAACCUUGACGCAAUCUCGGAACCUCCACCUGUUGGUCCAAGGGGUGCACUUCCAGUUUGGAGAAGCAUAAAAGGGGAGGUCAUAGAAGGCAUGUGGAGAAAAGUACUCCUCGGAGUUACGGGUGCAUUCGUGUUACGAAGCAGUAUUGAUAUCGAGGGGUUGGAAAAGGUAUUCGCGCCUAGUCUUGACGCAUGGGAGAUCAAACAAUUGAUAGAUUGGGGAGUUGAACGAGGUGUAUGGCAAAGAUGUGACUACGAAAGUUUGGGAGCAACGGCUAGGGAGGCCAACAAUAUGCAAGGUUGGGAGGUUGGUGAUUGGUGGUGGAUGAUUGUGGGAAGAUAUUUGGUGGAAAGUGAUCGUAUAAUUUGGAGUUUUGAGGAUGGGCCGGGUGGUAAGCAAGCACAAUAG